AUGGACUUCAUCGUGACCUUUCCUGCCCUCGUCGCAGGCAGGCUCGUCCUCGCUCUCUCGCCUCUGACACACUACCUGCGGGAUGACCAUCUACUGUCGAGCCCUCUGACAUCUUACUCGCGGCUGCAGGAAGGUAUCUACCUGUUCAAGCAUGGGAUCGAUCCAUACUCUGGAAGCACCUUCCGCCAUUCACCGUUGCUGUUGUCGCUGUUCUCAACGGUGAUACCUCUCAACGAGGUGACAGCAGCAUUUCUCUGGACCGCCAGUGACGCGCUAGCAGCAUGGUCACUGGUGCGCAUAUGGAGGGCGCGACAAAAUGUAUCAAGUAGCUCGAGGGACAGCCUCAUAGCUGGGUUGUACCUACUCAACCCGUACACCUUCCUGCCUUCUCUCGGGCAGUCUACAUCCAGCUUUGAAAAUGCACUAUGUCUGCUGUCUCUGAUGCUUGCAUGUCAGAAACAGGCAUCAGCUUCCCUGCUCGCCCUCGCUUUCCUCAUCCAAUUGUCCCUCCCAUCAAUCCUUCUCCUCCUCCCUCUGCUAUUGCUACUCAUCUCCGAGCCAACCUCGCAUCUAGCGUCACCCUUCUUCUUCAAGACCGACAUCCGCCGUAUAACACCCCUCGCUGGCCAAUUUGCGGCCUAUAUCUUGCUCCUCUCCGGAGCCGCGACGCUAGUCUGCGGAAACCUCAACUGGGUCGAGAAGACAUGGGGUGCAUCGCUAACGCUGCCCGAUCUAACACCUAACCCUGGACUUUGGUGGUACUUCUUCACCGAGAUGUUCGACCACUUCCGGCCGUUCUUCCUCAUAGUGUUCUCGGUGCAUCUCCUCAUAUACGUGCUGCCGCUCUGCAUCAAGUUCCAGCAUGAUAUCCUCUAUGCAUGCUACCUUCUCUUGGGUAUCCUCAGCAUAUUCAAAGCGUAUCCGACGUUGUCAGAUCCAGGCCUCUUCCUCAGCAUGCUCUCUCUCUUCCCCGAGACCUUCCCAUAUUUGCACCACCCAAUCGUCACCGCCCUCCUGCACCUGCACGCAGCGCUGCUCCUCCCGCUCUUCCACUACCUCUGGCUCAACCAGGGCACAGGCAACGCGAACUUCUUCUACGCGUCCACCCUGGUUUUCGGGAUGGCGAACGGUGCGGCGCUGCUAGACUCAAUCUGGGCAGGAUUGAGGAUUGCUAUCGGGGAGGUGAAGGAGGAGCAUGAGGUCCUGCAGGAGUAA